CGCCCCGGUCUGCGUCGCUCGUUGGAGGAGCCCUAAAUUUUGGGCUUGCUUACCUAGAGCCCUAGAAAGCAAUGGCGGGUGUCUUGGCUCGGCGCAAGCGGCCGCUUCUCGCGAUUCCUCUACAGAUUUCGCGAUUUCGAGCGCUGUGCGAGAAUGCAGGUAGCCGAGCUGGCGUUUCGCUCAUCCAAGGAGCAUCCAGGGGGUUGGGGCUGGAAUUCGUGAGGCAGUUGCUGGAGAGGAAUUCCAAGGAUUUCGUGGUUGCUACUUGCCGAAAUCCUGUAAAGGCCGAGAAUUUGGCAGCUCUCAAAGAGCAGUAUCCUGAUCGACUUCAAGUUCUAGGCCUGGAUGUCACGGACGAAGACACGAUCAAGGAAGCAGCUAACCAAGUAUCAAAGUUUCAUGGGCCAUUGGAGCUACUUGUCAACACCGCGGGAAUCCUUCACGUCGAAAAUCUCGUCACACCGGAGACAUCGCUGAGCAAACUGGAGAAGGAUGCGCUACUUCUCACUUUCCAGAUCAAUGCCGCUGGUCCAGCACUUGUCAUGAAGCAUAUGUCGCCGCUACUCAAAUCCGGAGGAAGCCGAGAAGUUCCAGUGAUCGCCAACUUGAGCGCCCGAGUUGGAUCGAUCGGGGACAACAAGCUGGGAGGCUGGCUGUCAUAUCGAGCGUCCAAAACAGCACUGAAUCAGUUGACGAAAACCAUAUCGAUCGAGCUAGCUCGGAGGAGAGAUCCCGUUGCCUGCGUGCUGCUCCAUCCCGGAACCGUGGACACCGAUCUCUCCAAGCCAUACCAGCGCAACGUCGCCAAAGAGAAGCUCUUCACGAAAGAAUUCUCCGUGAGCAAGCUCCUGGCGAUCAUAGACCGCGUUGGGAUGAAAGACACUGGCAAAUUCUUCGCGUGGGAUGGGCAAGAGAUAGCGUGGUAGCCGCGGGGGAGAGAUAUUCAGCGUGAAUCUUUUGAAUCUCUCAGACAGUGCUACGUGGCAACCGCGCGUUCGCUGCCGGGACCACGCGGCAGACGCCCAUUGGCAGGCGACGUGGCCACGUAAGAUCAGUGUACCCUAAAUUUUAGCGUUUUUACUGCA